CUCGGUUGAGAGUAAAAUUAAAAACACUUUGUUUAUAUAUUAUUCACGGUACUUUUCAUUUUCGAACGAUAAAAUUAGUGUCCUCAUAAAAUUUAAAUCUAAUUUUAAGUGUAUUAUAAAAAAAAUUAGGCAAGUAAAUCAAAAUGGCAACCAACAUCUCUUCUAAUGCUGUUCUCAAGUACGAAGAAAGAUUACCUCUAGUUUAUGUUCAACUAGAAAAGUUUACAGAUCUAAAUAUGCCACCAUCAAACUGGUUAAAUGACAAUAUGGCUGGAAGAUUUUCAAACUUUUCAACCAAAAAAAGAAAAUCGUUUGAUUGUACCAGCUUGUUAAUGGCAGAAAAGUAUCCUAAAUGUAUAGAGGAAGUUGAUGUAGUUUCUUCUGCAGAGCACAUAAAGAAGCUACUGAAAAUUUCAUUUAGUUCUUCUCAAGUUAGCAUGUCAGUUCAUCGCAUUGGAAAAGCUUUACUUCUUAAUGAUUUUGAUAUACCUACUUAUUUACAUUCUCAUAUUGGUGAAAAAAAUAUUAAGCCUUGGAAUUGGCUCUAUGAUUUAUAUAGUGCUGAAACACAGAAAACAGAAUUUUUACCUAAAAAACGUAACAAAGAACUAAGUCAUUUAGAAAUAAUGCAAUCAAAGUUUAUGUAUUACAGUAUUAGUGAAAAUGAAGAUAAAGUUUCAAGUGAUACUCUUGCUGAUAAACAAUUGCAAUCUGUUACAGAGAAUGCUACAAAUCUUACAUCAAGCUUUCAAAGAGAUGUUUUAUGGAAAUUUGAGGAUAUAACAAUGCUUGUGGGAUCAGAUCUUCCAAUAUUUGGCAGAGGAAAGUACCCAGCAGUCAGUUUAAGAUUACAUGAAUCAUCCAAGCCUAUUAGCGUUUUGACCGGAAUUGAUUACUGGCUUGAUAAUUUGAUGUGUAAUGUUCCUGAACUUAUUAUGUGCUAUCAUCUUAAUGGUAUUGUGCAAAAAUAUGAACAAUUUAAAACUUCUGAACUCCCAAACUUAGAGGGGAGUAGUUUUUCUCCUAAAGUUAUAUGCGAUGUGGCACAAAAUAUCUUAUCUUUCUUAAAAUCAAAUUGUACAAAAGAGGGCCAUACAUAUUGGUUGUUUAAAAGUAGGAAAGAUGAUGUGGUAAAAUUAUAUGAUUUGACUUCUAUUGGGUCUGGUGAAGGACAUAAGGAUCCAUUUAAAGUCUCUGUUGCAAUGUUACUAUAUAGAAUUGCUCGUAACAUGUAUAAUUCCCAAGAUUAUGAUGACAAAAAUGAUUUAAAGCUUGUUGAGAUGUUGGAGAGUUGUAUUUGUUUGAUUAGUAAUGAAAAUGAACCCACACUAACAUUUGAUGCUGGCUACUUGUUGUCUCAGUUAUAUAGUAAUAGUUUACUAAAAAACAAAGAACACAAUGAUGAAUCUGACUCAGAAUCGAGUUUUGAGGAUGAUGAAAAUGAUAGUGAAAAUGAAAAAGUAACAGCUCCAGUAACCACAUCACCUGUUUCUACAAUCUCUGUUAAAAUGAUGUGUUCUUCUUCCAAAGCAAAAAAACCUACCUUACCACCAAAGCCUAUGCCGCCUAUAUCUCUAGAAACAAAGUGCAAAAAAGCCAUUGUUCAUAUUGCAAACUCUCUGUCUUUGCUCUCCAAAAUGUCAAACUAUACAAUACCCUCCUCAAAAAAUGCUGAUGCAAAAUUAUUACUAUAUAACAAUGAUAAUGACAAGGACACACAACCAUUAACUUUGAUUAAUCAAACUGCAGUUGAGCAAACAAGAAAUUUAAAAGAUGAUGUUAACUCAAAAGACAACCUUUUAAAAUUGGCAAUUUUAAAUUAUGUUGCACUUGUUGACAUCUAUAUUUCGAAAAGAAAGUUUGGCCAUGGUCUUCGCUUUAUCAAAUUAUCAUUUUUAUGUCAUUCAUGCAUGCAACAAAAGUCUAUGGUUGUAAAUGGUUUUGUAAAAUUAAUUAUGUAUUAUGCAGAUAUACUGACAAUCAUGUCUAAAGGUAACAUAAACAUUUCUUCAGAGAUGGAAGAUUUUUAUGCUAUGAAUGAGUAUGACUUAAAGAUUUCUAACAUUGCAAGUUAUGAGGAAUCUGUUCAUAAAGAUAAAGAAUCUAAAGUUGAUGUGGAAUCAAUCCAAAACUGUUUUAAAUUAAAGGAAGAAGCUCUUUUAGUACUAUCUGCUGAAUUAUAUGAAGAUGCUCUUUUAAAAGCAGGAGGAAAUGCUAAAACUAAUGUUACUCUUGGAAAUGAAAAUGUUACUCAGAUAAUAGACCUAACCAGGCGGUUGGGAAACAUACGCAAUGAACUUGGUGUUAUGUACAUGAACCAAGCAGCUGGUAUGGCAAAGUUGUAUGGAUAUCCAAUGGAUUCUGAAAUUCAAUUAUGGAGAAAAAGUCUAUCAUUUUUUGAGCAAUCUGUUCAAGCUUUUAAUAUUGUUAAUGACAAAGAAAACUUGGCUUUAGUUUAUUCAAACAGCGGAAAGUUAAUGUAUUUAUGUGCUCAAGUCUAUGGAAACAUUUCAAAAGAAUCUCCAAAUGAUAUUAGAGGACAAUUUACUCAAGAAGAAAAGACAUAUUUUGGAAAGGCAUUUGAAUACUAUAAUAAAGCUUUGUCAAUUUUGCAAAAAAGAGAAUAUUCUUCAGUAAUAUGGGAAAACAUUUCAAUGGAGUUGUCAGGAUGCUACUUUAAUAUGGGUUGCCUAAUACAAGAUCAUGCUCCUUUAAAGUCUAAUGCUGAAGAAAAUAUUAUUAAAGAUGUUUCAAGUGCAUUUAUGAAAGCUUUACAGUUUUCUGAGCCUUUACUUCUUGGAUCUUCUGACAAAAAUCAAGUUUUAUUGCGUGUUGGAGCCAUUCAUCAUAGACUUGGUUCUCUUUAUCAUCAUAUGCUCAGAAAUCAGAUUUCUGAUUCUGAUAAGAAAAGUUGUCGGUCCCUGGCUGAACUUCAUUAUAAGAAGUUUCAUCAAGUUCUAUCUGCUGAACAUUUUCCACUACAAGUUCUUCAGGUCAUUGUUGAAAGCAUAGCAUUAUACGAUUAUCUUUUACAGCAACAUCAUUCUUGGAAGUAUCUUAAAAUAAAGUUUAAUAUUCUCAGCGAAAACGCACAAUUAAUCACAUGUCUUCAAAACUUAUUGAUAAAAGUCUCUGAUAACAAAACAAAAAUAUGUGAUGAUGUCAUUGAUAUUGAUGAAUUAAUGAAAUUGUCUUGCAUUGUCUAUAAUCAGCUAUCUUCAACAUUCAAAGAUACCAUUGUUAUGUCAAAGAAAAUGAAACGACUUGAAGGGCUAGAAAUAAAUGCUUUGAAAUCAUGUUUUGAGAUUAUUUUACGAAACUCUAUAAUUGAUGACACAAACAUUGCUACUAUGUUAGAAAAACUACUUUUAAUUUUAUCAAAAAUAUCGGAGAAAAUUCUGAAUAAAAGUUUGCAUAAUAUUGACUUAAAUGAGACUUCUCAUUCAUGAAAACAAAUUAAUAUUAAUAAUAAAAACAUUUAUACAUCUAUAUAUAAUAAACUUAUUAAAUUUCAUAUUUUAUGUUACCUGUGUUUAAAUAUUUUAAUGCUCUUAUUUUUUGUAUUAUAAU